AUGGCAAUCCAGACAAAGGAGAGAGCUCAUGGGGUUUGCUACAUCAGGACCACUCGUCCAGAGACUGCAAUCAUUUACGACAGCAAUGAGGACUUCCAUGUUGGCCAAGCCAAGGUGGUGUGCCAGAGUAAGGAAGAUCAGGUUACAGUGAUCGGAGCUGGAAUGACCCUCCAUGAAGCUCUGGCUGCAGCUGAGCAACUCAAAAAAGAGAGGAUUUACAUCAGAGUGAUCGAUUCUUUCACAAUCAAACCCCUGGAUGCCAAAACCAUCAUCGACCAUGUGCGCGCCACCAAGGGUCGUGUCGUCACCGUUGAGGAUCACUAUUAUGAAGGUGGGUUUCUAGCUUAG